ACCUCACUUGGGCCGUGUUGCACUGGACUCAAGUGUGAGGGAACGAAGACCCUCACAUACACAAACACACAUACUGUACCGUUGAAGAAGGCUUGGAGAAGACAUGGUCGCAGAGGAGAUUGUGGUCUCCCUCUCUGGUGGUUCUCCAUGGGGGUUCAGGCUUCAAGGAGGAAAAGAGCAGCAACAGCCUCUACAGGUGGCAAAGGUACGCCGGCGCAGCAAAGCAUGCAGAGCAGGGCUGAAGGAGCAAGAUGAGCUGGUUGCCAUCGGCGAGCAUUCGUGCACCAAUCUCAGCCACGCCCAAGCCAUGAGUCUCAUCGAUGCUCAGAAUUCUACGCUGCACCUGAGGGUCAAACGGUCCCCUUCUUAUCCGGCCCGCUGCUCACCUCCACUUCUCUCUGUGACCUCCGUUGAUCCCAACGGGGUCACUUCGCCGCCAGACAGCGAGGCCUACUACGGCGAGACGGACAGCGAUGCCGACACGCGCUCGCACGCCCACCGUCGCCAGCGGCGAACGUCUCCGCACGCCCGCUCACCAGCACGCUACGACAACCAUGGGGAGGAGGAGGAGACAUCUGAGAUGAGUGGCUAUGAGAGUGCAAAUGAAGCAGCGGGUGGUCCACUGCAAGGGCAGUGGCACGGCGUUCCACACAAGGACUUCAUCUACCAGCCACCCCAGCUGGGAUGGACCACACCUGUGCACAGUCUCACCCCGCACUCGGUCACCCCCACCCCUGAGCGAGCCCAAGGAGAGACCGAGGGUGAAGGAGACAGCGGCUUCCAGGAGGCAGGGGCCUGCAUCUGCCCGCCUCUAGUGUCUCCCGAGCGGGCCAAGGAAGCUCUGAUGCUGGGAUCUAGCAGUCAACUGGUGCCCAUGGUGGGACCUCAGCAGGGCCCUGUGAGUGAGGAGCUCGCCGCCACCUACAUGGAUAAAGCACGACAAGCUAAGCUACAGCGCGGGGAGAGUUUGGUGGAGAAGCAGGUAAAAGAAGCUCGCACCAAAUGCCGUUCCAUCGCUUCAUUGCUGACUGAUGCACCCAACCCAAACUCCAAAGGAGUGCUCAUGUUCAAGAAGCGGCGGCAGAGAGCCAAGAAGUACACGUUGACCUGCUUCGGCAAGGCUGAGGAAGACCAAGGGGGUGAAAGCACCGAGGGGGAGACGGAGGAGGAAGGAGGGAGCUCCAUUCAGAGUUCUGAAGUUGACGAGGAGGGUUUCUCAGCCUCGUUUGACCCUACCUGGGAUAGCGGUUAUUUAGACCUGCUGGACAGAAGGAGUGCCGCCUGCCCCCCGACCACACCAUCAGCAACGAAUAACAACAGCCCAGGAGGUGAAAAAUUGAGCUUUGAGGCACCUGUAAGUCAAAUUCCAAGCUUGGAAGUGUUCGGGCAGGAGACCAUGAAGCAACUGGACGCGCCGAAGUCUUCUGCUCCGGAGGUGCCCCUUGUCAACGGUUGUCCAGUUUCUAUAAGCCGGGCUAGUGUUACACUAAGCUCACCUCCUCUGACACCCCCACUAAAUAAUCAAAAUGGCCCACAUGUCAAUGUCAGCCCAAAUCCAAACUUUGACAACCAUUCAGUUCCAGCUGCGCUCAAUCGCACAGCUCGCCCCUUCACUCCUGGCCCCACGACACCCUGCUCGUCAGUGACCUCCGUGAUGUUCCGACCUCCCCAGCCCAAACCAGCAGCGGCUGUCUCCAUGGUCACUAUCGCGCCUACUCACUAUCCGUCUGUGGAUGGGAGGAGAGCGGUGUCUAGCACCUCCCUUUACAUCCCGCCUCGGAACAAUGGCGUCUCCCCCUCGGUCAGCUCCUCAGCCCUCUCACCCCCCUCAUCUUUGUGUCCUUCCAUUCCAGUCACUCCUCAACCUGCACCUGCCCACCCUGCUCAAUCUUUCUCCCCUCCUCAGCCAUUUCAUUCUCCCCCUUCCUUUCAUCCAACACCCUCACCUGGAAUGUCUCCCAUCUCUCAGGUCCAAGUUUCCGUUGUUCCCCCGAAUCAAGAUUCCACAGCCGCUCAUCCCAUGAUCCCUGCUCCCAUGGUGACUGCGCCGACCCCUCAAACCUUAGCCCCAGAUUCAUUGGGUUCUCGUGAGCAGCGAAUCUCAGUGCCCGCUGCGCGUACCGGUAUCCUGCAUGACGCUCGCAGUCGCAGCAGCAAGAAGCCAAUGUUCAGUGCCAUCCGCAGUAAAGACGUGUCACCGAACCCUGCCCUGAUGUCCAUGGUGCAAAACAUGGAUGAUCGCUUUACGAGAACCACAGCUGCAGAGUCUGCCGUUGUAUCAAGUUGCGAAGCUGGCCACGAGUCUGGGCCUGAGGAGGACUGGUUACGCCUGGGAGCCGAGGCUUGCAACUUCAUGCAGGCUCAGCGAGGAUCAAGGCCGCCACCAGUGGCCCCAAAACCGCAUACCACUCAAGGGCCUCAGCUGGCAGGAAAAGGGGGUCAGCUGUUUGCCCGCAGACAGAACCGAAUGGAUCGUUAUGUCGUUGAGCGGAGUCCCUCCGCCGCUCCGGGACUGUUCUCUCCUUCCCAGACCAGAGAGCCUUCACCCACGCCAUCCCUGCCAGCUACCUGGAAGUACUCCUCCAACAUCCGUGCCCCUCCUCCAAUCAGCUAUAAUCCACUCCUGUCACCCUCCUGCCCUCCAAAAGCCCAGAAGAAGGCAGAGGUGACAAAGUCUGGAUCAGCUGGAACAAAAGGGAAGAAAUCCACCAAAAAUCAGGUGGAUGUCAUGAAACACCAACCCUACCAGCUCAACUCAUCUCUGUUCACAUAUGGUGGGUCCCAAGACUCUUCCUCCGGUCCGCAGCAAGGUGGUUCUCAGAAGACGGCAAGAGUUUACGAGGUGAAACGCUACUCCACACCACCUCCAACAGCCACCAGCCCUGCCCUGAAGGUGAUCGUUCCUCGAUCUGCCACGACACUUGGAGAACCGCUUUGGCGAUCUGACAUUGCCUCUCCGCCUCCCCAAACAGCCUAUCACCCCCAAACACCUCCCACUGCUUACCAAUCACAGUGGUCCCCUGGGCCCCUAUCCCCUCCAAUACCCCCUGCGCCCACAGCUCCCCUCCCUCAACUCCCUACCUUCAUCUCACCUCCAAAUGCCGUCCAGUCUCCCAUGUUCUCCCAUCUCCAGCCUCAACAAGCUGAUAGGCAGUUUAAGAGCGCCCCAGAUCUUAGCCCUCUCAGAUCCACUGCACCCACCCCACAGGCGUCCACAGGAAGCCAGUACAGCAGGGUUCCCAGACCCCGAUUCAGCACCUCCAACCUGGGACUACAACCUUGCGUGUGGCGCCCUGGGUCCACUGCUAAUUAAAAAUAGCAUAUGCUAGUCUGGACUGAAUACAAACCAUUUUAUUUCAAAAGAAAGUCCACAUGCUUUGAGUUUGGUAUUAUUGUUAUUCACAUCUACAGACAUGUGCUGGAGAUGUUGCUGUAUGGACUGUACGAGAUCAAGAAUAUGAUCUUUUUUUUUUCUUUUGUGGGGCUGGGGAUAGUUCAGAUUCUCUUUGAUUUAACCAUCUUGACAUAUUGACUUAUAAUUUAAAGGCAACAUGAUGGUUUAGCGAAUGUACCAGAGAGAGAUUAAAUGUGAAUAGAAAGGUAGUGGAAAGAUGUUGAAUAACGAGAAGAGUAUGUGUGAAAGGACUGAUUUUAGGGAAUCAGAAAGAGGCUAAAAUAUGACAUCCAAUGAAGUUUAAAGAAACUCCUGUCAAAUUUAGGGUGACCAUAUGUUGAUUUCCAAAAAAGAGGACACUCGGCCCGGCCUUCAGAUACUUGAAUUUUACUCGAAGUCCACUCAAAGGUACCUAAAUCACUUGAAUAUAUUUAAAGUGCGCCUUCUCCGUCUGGACAGAAAAAUCCACUUUUAUAAAAAAAUAUAUAAAUAUAUAACCACAUACAGUAGGCAAUGUGCCAACUAAACAUUUUUAUAAAUUACUAUCACAACAAUUGUCCCGGACAAAUUGUUAUUUCCACUCACCUGUUAUUCUCAUUCAAUGUUCUAGAUUGCACGCAAACAAUAACCGGAAUAAAAUGACAAACUAAGCUACCUUAUUAGCGAGCACCGGUAGCUGAGGCAAAAUCAAACAUUGCUAUAAAAGUUUACAAUUAUCGGCAGAGCAACAAUGCGACACUAAACGGGAUUUUACAAAUCACGUCAGUACAAAGCUCCGACAGAAGUCAACAGUUGCCAAAAAGUAAAUUUAGCAAGUGUACCUGUACCCAAAUUUGUAUCCAAAGUAGAACAAAGGUACUUGGGACUUAAUUACACUUUUGGGUACAUGAGCAUUUGAUUAUAUACGUAUUGAUCGUAAAAAACUCUCAGGCUCUCUGGGAACACGUCACAGAGAGCACAGUACAGUAGUAUUUUGUGCAAAGUUUCAGUCAAUUUCAACACACGCUAAUUGGUCCCGUGAAAAAUAAUGAAAACCGGACAUUUUCAUGAACGUAUAUAAUAAAUAAUAAUAAAACCUGGCCAGACGCGACGGACAGGACGUGAAAAGUGGACAUGUCCGGGCAAAAUAGGACGUUUAGUCACCCAAGUCAAGUUAGAUGCACCUGGUAGUCCAACCUUUUGCAGAUUGUGCUUUAAUUAUGCAAACACACGCUAUAUUUUCUUUUUUUCCUUACUAAAAUAUUAUAAGAUAGUGUAGCGUUUGGUUAUUGUGAUAGAAGGCAGACUCGAGUCAUGUCAAACCUAAACUGCCGAUUUUAACACGCAAAACUUCUUUGGCUAAAACUUAGGGGCAGUUUACAUGGCGACUCUGCGACACGACGCAAUGACUGUGUUGCAGAGUGGCCUCGCAUUCGUAUGGUGUCAGCGAAGGCUGAAGGCAAAAAUGCAAACCUUGGAAUCCUGCCUCCAAAGUGGAAGAAUUUGAUUGCGGGGGCUUGAGGGGGGCUUGCUCUGCAUGCAUACCAAAAGCUCCCGCUGCGCGGGACCACGCCAAUAACGUCAGCACUCGUACAUGUCACAUUGGGCGUGCGCAGCGGUGCUACAAAACAUUAAAAACAGCAAAUAUGGCGGAACGUCGGCUUUAAUUUACUGUUUUUAUAAUAUUUUCAAUUUAAAUAUGCUGAAUGUUUCCAUUUUUGUGCCUUUUUGGACAAAAGAAAAUGCCAUUGCUUGGAGUAGGCGGGCAUGUUGUCUUCCGGGCUGAGGAGGUCAAAGUGCAUCAUUCGCUGUCGCCUUGUAAAUUUGCACUGCCCCCUAGGGCCUGGCAUGAAUACUACAUCGUUUUUAUGCGGAAUUGCGACAUUGUUCGAAUGGAGAUGGAACCAUAUAAAUGCAAACAUGAAAUUUUUCGUCUUCUCGGAGAGUCACCAUGUAAACGGCCCCUUAUGCAAGCUUGGAAUUACACUUGCACUAUGUGACUUGACAAGUAUUGCCUAUUUGCAUUCAUCGCGGCUAAGUACGGUGGUCGAGAGGUGUCAGGCGAAAUGCCUGAGUCCAAACGCUUUGCAAAUUGAAAAAAAGCACGAACCCCAAUUGCAAACGCUUUGCAAAAGAAAACAGCACAAAUGCAAACUGCCACAACACAAUCCCCAAUUCCUAAAGCGCGAUUGCAAAUUGUCAAAACACGAACCCUAAUUGCAAACAAUUUGCAAAAGAUAAAAACACGAAUGCAAAUUGCCACAAGAUGAUCCCCAAUUCCUAGAGCGUGACUGGAAAUUGGUAAAAGCACGAACCCCAAUUGCCUCAACACGACUGCAAACGGCUUGCAGCACGACUGCAAACGGCUUGCAGCAUGACUGCAAAUGGCUCGCAGCACGACAGCAAAUGGCUCGCAGCACGAAUGCAAAAAGCACAAUAGUAAAAACCCGCAGCGCAACAAAUCUGAGGUCAGCUAGAUUUUGUAGAUACAGUAUUAUGCUUUUAUUGAGAUAUUAAUUUUGAGUGGUGACGUCACUCAUACCUUUUCCUUAGUUUAGCUCCUGCAGUUAAUGGAGUGUACCAACUCUCUCAAUAACAAAGGGGUGUCCUAACAAUUAGCACAACGUAGCACAAACGAAUGGCAACACUUCAGGACCAUUUUGCAGUAAAUGAGGGGCUUUGAGUGACUUCAUCAUUUAAAUUAAUCUCAAGCCCCCCAAUUAACUGCAAAAUGGACCCACACUUGUUUGUGUUAUGAUCGUGCUGGUUGUUGGGACUCCCCUCUGUUAUUGAUCGAUUCGGUACGCUCCAUUAGCCGCGGGAGCUAAGCUAAGGAAAAGCUACGAGCUGACGUCACCACUCGAAAUUAAUAUCUCAAUAAAAGCAUAAUACUGUGUCUACAAAACCUCAAAACCUUGCAGACCGCAGAUUUACCUAUAUAAGAAUUGUAAAUAUCUGUAAAACGAAAGCAGCACAAACAAAACUUUUACAGCACAAAUGGCGGACAUCAUUUUUAUAUGAAUUUGCGUCUAAUGGGGGGGCAACUUCAUGGAGGUCCGUAGAGAUGGUCACAAACAACAUAUAGCAAUAUACAAAGUGUCGUCCUAACUUCCCGGUCAUCCCCUUGCAGUCGUGCUGCGUGAUUUAGCUGUUGUGCUGCAUUUUCGAUGCCAGCCAUUUGCUUUCACGUUGUGGCAAUUGGGGUUUGUGCUUUUGCCAAUUUGCAACCGCGCUUUAGGAAUUGGGGAUCGUGUUGUGGCAGUUAGCAUUUUUUUUCUUUUGCAAAGCAUUUGCAAUGGCGUACCGCAACCAACACAUCACUUCCGCUCAUUAAUAUUCAUGACUUUAGCUACUGUUGCUAAGGGAGGACACCGUUUGUCCCCAAUAGGAAAUGAAUAGAAAUCGUGUACAAAGGAGAUGUUUACAAAGCUAAACCUACCAAUUCUCUCCGAAAAGGAUGUCCCUGGUGCCAUGUUCACUUGCAAAGAUGUGGAAGUACAUAAAAAUGUUCAGUUAAAGAGAUGGCUUGAGUGUCGGGGGCUGAAAAAGACGGAAAAAAAAAAACGAGCCAACCUUAGCAUAGCCUUAGCUUUUAUAUCGACACCUUUUUCUUGAGUGACUGACAAUGACAUUCUCCUGUUUCAACACACUAUCCUUCACCACCAGCCCUGUCUUUCCUAUAUAUUAUAUCCUGUGGUUGUUCUACGUCUCUGACCAUUCUUGGGGGGAAUUUAUAUUUUGUGUAGCGAUCGCAAAUGCUACUCAGUGACAGCCAACUAACACUUUUAAUUUUUUCGUUAUUAACAAAUCUUAAUUCUAUAAUUUAUUUACACUUCCCCCUUACUGAAGUUUUUUUUUUUUUUUUUUUUUUUAAAAACAGUAACGGUAACAGUGGUCGUCAGAUACCAUUGUAAUCCUUUUCAGGUCAUUCAUUGUCAGACAGAAGCAGUACGGCACAACGUCAUGCUAAAAAAUAACUUAAAAAUAUAAAAAUGGCUUACCUCUUUGUCCUCUGAAAGACCAUGCCAACCCAACAAAAUGUUUACUGCAUAUGAAAUGUGAAUGGAUUCACCGAGCUGGUGUUAAAGUCCACGCAAGUUGAUUCAGUGUUCACGCUUUCCUCCCGAGUUUUGGUUUCGGAAAACGUAUGAAGAAAACAUCCUUCAUAUGUCGUAAUGUCUAUAGGCGUUUCUACAAGUUCCAAAAAAGCAAUGUGUGAUCGGCAUGUUCGUUUUUGAAAGAUUACCGGAGAAAAGUAGCACAAAUAACAUUGUUUCUAUGCGAGGGCGGGUCUAUAAUGUCCCACUUCGGCUUUACUCCCGCUUUACGAUGCGACGUCACGGUCUAAAAAUAGCAUGCGUGUGGUCGCCGUUGGGGUUUGCAUUUUUUUCUGUUUGCAAAGUGUUUGGACUUAGCAUUUGCCCUGACUCCUCUCGGCCACCGUACACACCGUCGACCUGCCAGUGUGUUUUAUGAUGUGGAGGGCAGUGGCCCCCUUUAUGAAACACAUAUAACGGAGGUGGCGCUGAACAGGAGAAUAUUUAGAAUCAAGAAAUAUGUUUUUGAGAAAAUUGCAAAAGAAAGUCACAAUUACGAUGACAUCUGACCUUAUCUGUCAGUAUAAAACCCAAAGACAGAUAAAUGGUCUAACUUUCCAAUUAGUUAACAGCUAGCUGGUCAAUCUUUAACGAAGCUUCAAGUCAAUUAUGCAAUGCAAUGGGCAAUACAAUGACUGAUUUGGGACCAUUAAGAAUGAGAAUUUUGAAUGUACAAAGUGGCAUACAUUUUACACUGUAUGUUGUGAGCAAGAUCUUAUGACUUCACUUUUGACUUGCUUAACCCAACCCAUCAAAUGACUGUAUAACUUUUGCCACAGUAACUUGGGACUUUUGCUUUAAAUUUGAAGGUUUAGACUUGAGACUGAACAUGACUUGCACCUACAGUAUGUGCUUAUUCCCAUCUCUUGUUUCUGAAGUUUGGUUUUCGAAAAUAUAACACAUACAUAGAAAAAACUAUGUAGAAACAAGAAAAACCUCUAUGUGGAACAAGAGGGGGAUAUUUCUUUUUUGUUUCUUUUCCAUCGGGGCAUGACGGCUAAAUAAAAAUAGA